AUGUCGUCACUAACCAACCCAACCACCGUAAUGGAGGAGGAGGAGGUGCCUGUAGCUGCUCCAAUCCGACGAGGAAACAAGAACCCACGACGGUACAGUUUGGUGCAUCAAGCGAGUUGUGAGACUCAGCAUCACAUUGGAAUUCGACGUCAGAAUACUAUUCAACAUCGAAAGCAACUGACGGAUCAGAUGAGAGAACAGAAAAUCCUUCAACAACUCAACGACGAAGGCGUCGAAGUCAUCUUUGCUGCCAACGACGUCUCAUCUAUUGACUUCUCCGUCAUCGUCACGUCUACUGACUACAUCUCCACUUUUGUUUCUGAUAUUCUCUACAACAUGAAAUCCGCAGGUGUCCAAAUCUGCCACGUGGAAACCCGCGAAUCAAAAGCUGUCUCUGGUCAUGAUGUUCUUCUGGAUUGUCGUGCCACUAAGAACCAGCUGAUUAAGGCGGCAGAGCUCUUGACUCAAAACCACGUGGCACUCACUCACUUCUCCAUUUUCUCUAAGAAAUCUGUGGAGAAGAGCCAAUCAAUGAUCUGGUUUCCUCGCCAUAUAAGUGAGCUGGAUCAGUGCUCGAAGUGUAUCACAAAGUAUGAACCAACAACGGAUCCACGACAUCCAGGACAUGGAGAUGACGAAUAUAUAGCUAGAAGAAAGUUCUUGAACGAUCAGGCUUUAGAGUUCAAGUUCGGCGAUGAGAUUGGAUAUGUUGAGUAUACCGAGGAUGAGCAUGCCACUUGGAAGGCUGUCUACGAAAAGUUAGGCGGUCUACACGAGUCACACACUUGUAGUGUGUACCGUCAGAAUUUGAAGAUUCUCCAGAAGGAGAAGGUUCUGACGGCGGAUCGUAUUCCACAGAUUCGCGAUGUCAACAAGUUUUUGCAAAAAAAGACUGGCUUCGAGCUUCGUCCAUGUUCUGGUCUUCUCUCGGCUCGUGACUUCCUUGCCUCCUUGGCUUUCCGUGUCUUCCAAACCACCACUUAUCUACGCCACCACAAGUCUCCACAUCAUUCCCCAGAACCUGACCUAAUUCAUGAAUUACUUGGACACGUCCCAAUGUUCUCUGACCCGCUUUUAGCGCAAAUGUCCCAAGAUAUCGGGCUGAUGAGUCUAGGAGCAAGUGAUGAACAUAUCGAAAAACUGGCCACGGUUUACUGGUUCAUUGUUGAAUUCGGCUUGUGCAAAGAGGAUGGAAAACUCAAGGCAAUCGGUGCUGGUCUCUUAUCUGCUUACGGAGAACUUAUUCACGCCUGCUCAGAUGCUCCAGAACACAAAGACUUUGAUCCAGCGGUCACAGCUAUUCAGAAAUAUGAAGACGAUGAUUAUCAGCCGCUUUAUUUUGUGGCUGAUAGCAUUCACGACGCUUUGGCAAAACUUCGAAAGUAUGCAUCAUCUAUGGACCGCCCAUUCUCGGUGGUUUAUGAUCCGUUUACCAAGUCGAUUGAGACAAUCCAAUCGAGUGCCGAUCUGGAAAAGGCGUUUAGUCGUCUCUCGAACGAUUUGAGUGCGAUCACCCAUGCAGCUGAUCGGAUGAAAAUCUCAAUUACUGCCUAA